AGGGAGGGUGGUUUAAAUUUAACUGCAACAGGGCUGAUAUCUGCAUGGCAGGUCCUGUCUCUCCUCUGCUGCUCUUUCUCACACGCACACACACAGUCUGUGUUCACAGUCCCUAGCCACAGGCAACACCACGCACACAGCAGCAGCAGCUCCCUCAGUCUGCCAGGAGACGGUCCUCUUCUUCUCUCUAAGCUAUCUGACCACCUGGAUUGUACAAGAGGCCAACAGAGGACACAACAGAAGAAAGAAAAGGGACGCUCGCUAUCAGGAAGGACAGCAGAGCAAACAUUCACACUGAGGAUAACGCUUCAUCUGAGCCGACAGGCUGCAGGAACAGCCAGUGGCACUGCAGAGGCACAGCAGCACAGUGGGCUAAAGAUUUGCUGCAAAAGCAGAUAGAGGAACAUGCGAUCUCGCAGCAACAGUCUGGAGGACAUAGCCAGGGCCAAGCCUGUGCAGCAGCAUCAGGCGGAUGCACGCAAGCGACUUGUAGAGCGGGAGGAGCCCUCAGGAAGGGCUCAACACCGCAGCCGACACCAUGAGUCGCCGAAUGACACUGGCACCAUUCAGCGGAAUCACAAGACAGCCAAGAACAGCACCUGUGCUGGUGGGACCAGCAGCGCCAGUGGUGCUGCAAAGGGCGCUCGGAGGGAGAAAGGCAGGGACCUUUCCCGAGAUGACCUUGUCUUUCUACUAAGUUUGCUGGAGGGGGAGCUACAGGCCAGGGAUGAGGUGAUCACAGUGCUAAAGGCAGAGAAAAUUGACUUGGCCUUACUGGAGGCCAAAUAUGGCUUUGUCACACCACAGAAAGUCCUGCAGGCCCUCCAGAGAGAUGCCAUACAGGGCAAGGACGAUGUCUUUCAGGAGGACAUUUAUGAGAAGCCCAUGGCAGAGCUGGAUAAUUUAGUCGAGAAGCAGAGGGAGACACACCGGCGGAUGCUGGAGCAGCUGCUGAUGGUGGAGCAGUCGUACAAACAGACCCUGUACAAGCUGGAGGAUGAAAAGAGAAACCACGGAGAAUUCAUGAAGAAGAGCGAUGAGUUCACUAACCUGCUGGAGCAGGAGCGUGAAAGGUUGAAGCUGUUAAUUGAUCAAGAAAAGGCCUACCAAGAGCGAAAGGACGAAGAGAACAACAAAAAAGUCACAAGUCUCAAGGAGGAGCUGACAAAGUUAAAGUCAUUUGCAUUAAUGGUUGUGGAUGAACAGCAGCGUCUCACUGAACAGCUGAAUCAACAAACAACUAAGGUCCAAGAACUGAGCGCCAGUGCUUCACAAGCCCAGGAGGAGCUCAGCUCAGCUAAUGCCCGUCUGCAGGAAGAGGAGCAAAAAGUCAUUCGCUUGGAGACUGAGCUGCGUGACCAAGCCAGGCAACACCACCAGGAACAAGAGGCCAUGACUGCCAAACUGACCAGCGAGGAUGCCCAAAACAGGCAGCUGCGCCAGAAACUGUCAGCUCUAAGCAGGCAACUUGAUGAGCUGGAGGAGACCAACAAAACCCUGCACAGAGCUGAAGAGGAACUGCAGGAGCUGAGGGACAAAAUUAGCCGUGGUGAGUGUGGAAACUCUACUCUCAUGUCUGAGCUGGAAGAGUUACAGAAAAGGGUACUUGAAAUGGAGGGAAAGGAUGAAGAGUUGAUCAGAAUGGAGGACCACUGCAAGGACCUCAACAAGAAACUGGAGAAAGAGGCCAAUCAAAGCCAAAGCCUCAAGGUUGAAGUCGAUAAACUGAAUUACAGAAUUAUGGACUUGGAAAAAUUAGAGGAUGCAUUCAGCAAGAGCAAACAGGAAUGCAGCUCACUCAAAAGUAACCUGGAGAAAGAGAGGGCAGUGUCCAAAGUUCUGUCCAGUGAGCUUGAAGCCUUGAAAGUUAGGGUCAAAGAAUUAGAGGCUGCUGAAAGCCAACUGGGAAAGACAGAGCUGACACUGAAGGAAGAUCUAACCAAGUUAAAGACUCUGACAGUCAUGCUGGUGGAUGAGAGGAAGGCAAUGGCAGAGAAACUAAAGCAAAUGGAGAACAAGAUCCAGAACAGCACUGGGAAGCUUCAGGCUGAACAGGACAAAGUUACAUCCGUCACAGAGAAGCUCAUUGAGGAGAGCAAGAAAGCACUGAGGUCAAAGGCUGAGCUGGAGGAGAAAAUGUGCAGCGCCACAAAGGAAAGGGAUGACUUGAAGGCCAAGCUAAGGGCUGCGGAGGAAAAGAGCAAUGAUUUAGAGUCCAAAAUCAAUAUGAUGAAGAAAAGGCUACAGUCACUAGAGACAAUAGAAAGAGAAUUUCUGCGAAACAAAGCUAAAGAGGAGCAAAUCAAAACACCUAUUGCUAACCGCUUCCAGCAAGAAGAUAAUAAAGUAAAGGAUUUGACACAGGAGGUUGAACAUCUCAGACGCAAAUUAAAGGACAUGAAGGUGGUAGAAAAUGAUUCAUUAAAAGCAGAGGAGUUUGAAUCCCUGGAGAAAAGAUUCACCAGUGAACAAGAGAAAGCUAAAGCCCUGAUGCAGGAGCUGGAAAUAUCAAGAAAAGAACUUUCAAAGUACCAACUGGCUGAAAAGAAAGAGUGCAACCAAGAACAUGUUCUUUAUAAACGCUUGAAGGAGGAGGAGGCAAAGUCUAGUCAUUUGACAAGAGAGGUAGCAGCUCUGAAAGAGAAAAUUCAUGAAUACAUGGGAACAGAGGAGUCUAUUUGCCGAAUGAAAUCUGACCACUCUACACUGCAAAGGAAGCUGACCCAGCAGGAGGUCAGAAACAAAGAGUUGGCCAGAGAAAUGGAGACACUUACACGGGAACUUGAAAGAUACAGACGCUUUAGCAAAAGUCUUCGCCCUGGCAUGAAUGGAAGACGCUUUUCAGACCUGCAUGUUUCCACCAAGGAAGUCCAGACAGAGCCCCUUGACCUCAUGUCCCCCACCAGCAAGACAAUGGCAUCACUGGAACGAGCUGUGGUGAACGGGAAGCUGUAUGAUGAGAGCGAACCUGAGGAUAAUGCUAAUUACAGCAACAAGCCGCAGCUCACCAAAUGUAGCCCCUCCCUUAUAAACAAUGUAAAUAAUCUAAACAACAACAUGAAAAGAGCAAGAGUCCCGUUCCUUAAAAACAAAGACACCCCCCAUCAGGUGAAUGGCAAAGUGCAGCCACGACAGAAUGACAACCAUGUCCAGCCCGGAGAUGUUGUGUUGACUCAAAGUCCUGGGCAGCCUUUGCACAUUAAAGUGACUCCUGACCAUGGACACAACACAGCAACGCUGGAGAUCACCAGCCCAACCACAGAAAGCACCCAGUCCUUCACCAGUACUGCCGUCAUACCCACAAGUGGAGGUCCACCCAAACAGAGAAUUACCAUUAUCCAGAAUGCUUCCAUAUCUCCUACUGCAAAAUCCAUUUCCCCAACAACUAAAUCUAAAGGUUCCCCUCUGUUCGACGAGCUCUGUUCGCCAGAUAGGGCCCUGUCACCUUUCACUAUGGCUGCAUACGCCAGAGCAAUGACCCCGGACUCCUGUGGCUCUGUAACACCGGACAGAGCCAUGUCACCAAUUCAAAUUGUGUCAGUCACAACAGGCACCCCUGACCGCUCCCUCACCACGGAACCACUAGAGGUCGUUGGAGGACACGCCAUCUUCCGCGUCACACCUGAAAGGCAGAACAACUGGCAGGUCCAGAGGCCUAGCAGCUCAGGGCCAAACAUCAUCACCACAGAGGACAACAAAAUCCACAUUCACUUAGGGAGCCCCUUCAUUCAAAGCAUCAGCACCCCAUCACAAACUCUGAGUCCAUGCCACACGCCUGGACUCCAGGAGCAAAGGACUCAGGUGCUUGCAAACUGCAGUUCACCUACUGCUAAAGGCAGCAGCAAAAUCACAAGUAGCAUCAUGAUUAAGCCCACCACUACCCCAAUGCAAAGGUCAUCUCAAAUUACAAUACCUGUUGAAGCAUUCCGGCAACCAGGACCUACAAGAAUCCCCAAACCCAAGGGCUACAGCUCCAAGAAGGGGACAAACAGUGCAGCAUCAAACCUGCAGAUCAGGAGUCACCCACCACAGAUUCUCAGUCAGCACACACAUUCACCUGUAGCACACAACAACAACACAAACCUAACGAACCGCUGACUGUGUUAUCAGUUGUGUUUUUUUUUUAAUCUUUGGGUCACAAGACUUUUUUAUCUUUUGGGGCAGGUCAGCUUCACCUACACUAAAACAUCCUAAAACAUAGUUAUUUCAGAUAAUAAACUAAACAUUAAAAAAACACAAAAAUGAGUGAUUCGCUUAGUGUUUUGUAUAAAGACUAUCUACAUAUUGUUGGUACAGAUUUAUUCUUUUUAAGACUGUUCCACUAUUACCUAUUCCUCAUCUGUGGUGCUCUGGAAACUACAAAAUGCUAACAUAUGUCUCAAUACUAUGUUCAACGUGUACAAAAUGUGGAAAAAAAAAAAUAGAAAUUGGUUCCAAAAAUGAUUAACAGUCACAUAUAUAUAUGUGAAAAUGUCACUGUGAUCACAAUAAAUAAAGCUAAAUAGUAACAUUAAAACACUAAGUGUGUUAUGUGAAUCAAAGAAAAUUCAUGUUUAUUUGUAGUCUUAAAAUUUUUAUUCACCUCUGACAACUAUCUGUUGUGAGACAGAUAAUGAUAGAGCUAGUUAUCCAUUUCUAGGGACAGAACAAAUGACACUAAUGCACAUAAGUGUAUUACUGAUGUGUUGUAAUGUAACCCUUCUUCACAGUGAUUAUCUCUCAGAUGUGACAUGUGUUAUUUUUAU